AUGUAAUCCCCAACUCGUAUCAUUGACGGUUUAUAUAUUGGUGACUAAAGUGCUGCACAUGUACAGUGAUAAAUAAAGCAAUAGGAUCUAGAAUUCUUAAUAACAAAUAAAAUUACAAAGAUUAUUAAUUGUGCUGGUAAAUAAAUUCCAAAUCAUUGGGAAUCAAUUGGAAUAGAAUACUUAACAUAUUGUUGGAUUGAAACAGACAAUCAAUAUGCAAUUGAUCAUUCUCGUUGUUUUUCUUUUAUAAAUGACAACUUAGAAGCUGGAGAGGCAGUUUUAAUUCAUUCAAUUAAGGCUCUUAAUCGCUCUGUUUUUGUAGUAGUAGUUUAUUUAAUGAGAAAGUAAUUAAAUAUGUUUUAGAAAGUCUAGAUUUAAAUGGACUUUAUAAAAAACUCUUUAAUAUGUAUAUAAUCUAAAAAAUAAUGGUGAAAUAAAAUAGAAUGUGAUGUAGCAACUUAUAAAUUUUGAAAAAUGGCUAAACAUAAGUAAAUUGAGUAAUAAUUGGGACUCAACUUAAAAUUAAGAUGAAGUUGUGGCAAGAAAUACAUAUCUAAAUAGUUAAAAAACUCAAGAAUAUGAACCAAGAAUAAGAAAAGAAGUAGGUUCUAAAAAGGUUUAAUGGAAUAAAUUCAUUAUAAGCCAAUACAUCCCUCCUUAUUAUUAAAUGUAAUUUCUCUUAUUAAGUUUAAGAUAAUUCAAAAAUCUUUAAAAAUCUUAACCUGAAUCUCUGAAUUAAGAUUAAAAUUAAAGCAAUUAACUUCCUAUAAAAUUUAAAAGACAAAAAACUGACAAUUUGAUGAUUAAAAAAUUACCUUUGAAUUAAGUUGCUGAUGAAAAAAAGAUAAAUCUUUUUAAUAUUAAAUCUGAUAGACAAUAAAUAAAACCUUCAUUAAGACCAGGAACUGCACCUUAAAAAAGAUUAGUAAAAACUAAAUGGCAAUCAUCAUCCCAUAGAGUCUUAGUUAAAUAAUCAUGA